AUGGAAGGGCUCCCUGAUGACAAGAGCUGCCGGGUGGUUCUGGUCAAGGUCAUGCUAACAUCGAUCCCCAUCUACCAGCUAAUAGUGAUGGACCCCCCAACCAUGGGCUCUCAAGGCAAUCGACAAAAUCUGCCAGAAUUCCCUUUGGUAGGGGAGGAAGGAUGCAAAGGGAGGGCCCUGCUUGGUUGCUUGGGUUCGGCAUGCCACACGGUGUAUGAGGCCCUCCCUGACCGCAGAUGGGUGAGGGACAUAAGAGGGGCACUCAACCUCUGUCCUGGCAGAGUACCUACAUGUCUGGGACCUGGUGGAGGUGGUCCUCCAGCCAGACCUCUCAUUGUUCACUAUUGGUGCCACAGCCUCUCUGGUGAGUAUUCUGCGAGCUCUACAUAUUGGGCAUUCUUCCACGGCUCCUCAUUCUUUGAACAUGCCAAAAGGCUGUGGAAAUCUUGGGCACCUGCGCGCUGUAAGCUCUUCCUCUUGCUAGCCAUCUUAGACCGGUGCUUGACUGCAGACAGAGACAGAAAAACACCGGACACCUUGGUUACAAUAUUUCCAAUGGAAGCAAAAGCUGUAAGAUCUUCAUUGAUAUGUGGGUCUCUAAUCCACCAUUCUUUACCUCAGGUGGCGUUAGAAAGGCAAGUGCCUAAACUGACAUUAAAUGAAAAACAGCCAUGCCUUUCAUUGACAUCUGGGAACUGGACUCUUUUUCAGGGUUUUGUUAUAGUCUCAGCUCUCCUUGUAACUGCACUGCUACAAUUUGUGUUUGAUGGGAAGCCACCAUCACUCUACUGCCUGAUGGCAUUACCACUUGUCGCAACAAGCAUAUUCAUCUACCAGAAGUAUCCAUAUGUUGAUAGGAAGAAGAAAGACUGA